AGUUGGCCAAUGAGAAAACAUAGUGCGUUAUCCAUAGAGAUAAGCAGAAUCUAGUUCUGUCAUAGAACAUCACUCCAUCGUUUCUUCUAUUUUUCCUAACACUACCACUUUGAGUCUUGAAGAAGGUCAUCAACUUCGAGAAUAAUGGCUUCUCUUUGUGCUUCUUCUGCCAUCGCCGCUAUUUCUUCUCCAGGUUUCUUGGGAGGGAAGAAACUGAGGCUGAACAAGAAGUUGAAUGUUCCAACUGUUUCUAGGUCCGGUACGUCGGUGCGCGCUGUCGCAGCGGAUCCAGAUAGACCAAUUUGGUUCCCUGGAAGCACACCUCCAGAGUGGCUUGACGGUAGCCUCCCUGGUGACUUCGGGUUUGAUCCUCUUGGUCUUUCAUCUGACCCGGAUAGUCUAAAGUGGAACGCACAAGCAGAGCUAGUCCACUGCCGGUGGGCAAUGCUCGGCGCCGCCGGGAUUUUUAUCCCGGAGUUUCUAACCAAGAUAGGAAUCCUCAACACGCCGUCGUGGUACACGGCGGGAGAGCAAGAGUAUUUCACCGACAAAACCACACUCUUCGUCGUUGAGCUCAUCUUAAUAGGAUGGGCCGAGGGACGUAGAUGGGCUGAUAUCAUUAAGCCAGGUAGCGUCAACACUGACCCAAUCUUCCCAAACAACAAACUGACGGGGACAGACGUUGGAUACCCGGGUGGGUUAUGGUUUGACCCGUUGGGUUGGGGAUCCGGUAGCCCGGCUAAAAUCAAGGAGCUGAGGACUAAGGAGAUAAAAAAUGGAAGGUUGGCUAUGUUGGCAGUGAUGGGUGCAUGGUUCCAACACAUAUACACUGGGACUGGUCCUAUUGAUAACCUUUUUGCACAUCUUGCUGAUCCUGGCCACGCCACUAUCUUCGCUGCUUUCACACCCAAGUGAGACGUCAAAAACUUCGAAAAAGGAUGGGCUUGUGUGAUCAUGUUUGUACAAAUAUUGUUUUUGAACUUAAAACUAUUAUGUACUUAUAUAAACUGUGGUCGAAUGCAAAUUAGAGUAACAAUGCUCUUUUCUUGACUAAAUGCGCAUGUCUUUCUUUUACAUUGUCAUUCCGGGUCAAUGAGAGUGAAUAUCAUCAUUUUUUUUGCUCGUUUA